AUGGUUGGUCUCGUGGCAGACCUAGACGCACAAUCCCGACACUAUAUGUCGGGCUCGCAUGAACUGGUUCAGCCGGCGGACCGCUGCCUAUUUGCAGAGUGCCCGAUUCCCGACUUCACCCGCUGGAAGGACCCUUAUUUUUACUAUCUGCAAAAUCUCAUCAGCAGACAGAUACUGCUUGUCUCCUGUACCAUGUAUGAUCGUGCACCCAAGGAUCCCUAG